ACGCAGGCGCAGAGCGCGCCUCGGUUGUCAAACAUGGCUGAAGUGCCGCCGCUGCCGCCGCUGCUGCUACCGCCGGUAGAGGGAAAAUGCUGAGCGCGCUCGGGCCGGGCGGGCGGCGGCGGCGGCGAGGGCGGCGACGGGGACUGGGUCCCGCUUCCCGGGCGCGGGGGCGGCGGCGGCGAUGGCGCGGCUGGCGGACUACUUCAUCGUGGUGGGCUAUGACCACGAGAAGACAGGGUCUGCAGAAGGAAUGGGAAAAAUAAUCCAGAGGUUUCCACAGAAGGAUUGGGAUGAUACACCUUUUCCACAAGGAAUCGAAUUGUUUUGCCAGCCUGGAGGAUGGCAACUGUCCAGAGAGAGAAAACAACCAACAUUCUUCGUGGUUGUCCUGACCGAUAUUGACUCAGAUCGGCAUUAUUGCUCAUGUCUAACUUUCUAUGAGGCAGACAUUAACCUUCAGGGAACAAAACAAGAAGACAUUGAAGGUGAAGAGGAGGUCACUGGUUUAAUUCAGCCUGCAGAAGUAUUUGCUCCCAAAAGCUUGGUGAUGGUGUCCAGAUUAGAUUAUCCAGAAAUUUUUAGGGCUUGCCUGGGCCUGAUCUAUACUGUGCAUGUGGACAGUCUGAAUUUCUCCUUGGAAAGUCUCAUUGCAAACCUUUGUGCAUGCCUUGUCCCAGCGGCUGGGGGUUCUCAGAAGCUAUUUUCCUUGGGAGCAGGAGACAGACAGCUGAUACAGACUCCUUUACAUGAUAGUCUUCCUGUCACAGGCACCAGUGUGGCUCUCCUAUUUCAACAAUUGGGAAUCCAGAAUGUCCUCAGCCUCUUUUGUGCCGUACUCACAGAAAACAAGGUUCUCUUUCAUUCCACCAGUUUCCAGAGACUUAGUGAUGCUUGCCGAGCACUGGAGUCUUUAAUGUUUCCUCUUAAAUAUAGUUAUCCUUAUAUCCCUAUUCUUCCGGCUCAAUUAUUGGAAGUUCUAAGUUCACCAACACCUUUCAUUAUUGGAGUUCAUUCUGUCUUUCGUACUGAAGUUCAUGAACUUUUAGAUGUAAUCAUUGCUGAUUUGGAUGGAGGCACUAUUAAAAUCCCUGAAUGUAUUCACCUCUCACCACUCCCGGAACCUCUGUUACAUCAGACGCAAACAGCCCUCUCACUGAUUUUGCACCCAGAUCUGGAAGUAGCAGAUUAUGCAUUCCCCCCUCCACGGACAGCUCUAUCGCACUCAAAAAUGCUAGAUAAAGAAGUGCGAGCAGUUUUCCUUAGGCUAUUUGCACAGCUUUUCCAAGGCUAUAGGUCUUGCCUACAGCUUAUCAGAAUCCAUGCAGAGCCAGUCAUACACUUUCAUAAGACAGCUUUCUUGGGACAGCGUGGUUUGGUUGAAAACGAUUUCCUCAUUAAGGUGCUUAAUGGAAUGGCAUUUGCAGGCUUUGUGUCAGACAGAGGGCCUCCAUACCGAUCCUGUGAUCUCUUCGAUGAGUUGGUAGCCUUUGAAGUGGAGCGAAUUAAAGUUGAAGAAAGUAACCCUCUGAAAAUGAUAAAGCACAUCAGAGAACUUGCAGAGCAGCUCUUCAGAAAUGAAAAUCCAAAUCCUCACAUGGCAUUCCAGAAAGUUCCACGGCCAACAGAAGGUUCUCACUUGCGAGUUCACAUUCUUCCUUUCCCGAAGAUAAAUGAGGCCAGGGUUCAGGAGCUGAUACAGGAAGGUCUUGCAAAGAACCAGCUUGCGCCUCCUACUUCUCGAGUGGAGAAGAAAUGUGUUGUGCCCGCAGGCCCACCUGUUGUUUCAAUUAUGGAUAAGGUGACCACCGUCUUCAACAGUGCUCAAAGAUUAGAAGUUGUUAGAAACUGCAUCUCCUUCAUAUUUGAAAAUAAAGUUUUAGAAACUGAAAAGACCCUUCCUGCUGCUUUGAGAGCCCUCAAAGGAAAGGCAGCGCGGCAGUGUCUUACCUAUGAGUUGGGUUUGCAUGUACAACAGAAUCGGGCCAUACUAGACCAUCAGCAGUUUGACUACAUUGUAAGGAUGAUGAACUGUACUCUGCAGGACUGUUCAACCUUAGAAGAAUAUAACAUUGCAGCAGCGUUACUACCUUUGACAAGUGCUUUCUACAGGAAACUCGCCCCUGGAGUUAGUCAGUUUGCUUAUACCUGUGUACAGGACCACCCCAUAUGGACUAAUCAACAGUUUUGGGAGACAACAUUUUACAAUAAUGUACAAAAUCAAGUUCGCUCCCUGUACCUCUCAGCCAAGGAAGACAAUCAUUCAACACACUUGAAACAAAAGGAGAAAAUUCCCAAAAGCACAGACCAGGAGAAGACUGCAAUGGACCUGGCCGCAGAGCAGCUGAGGUUGUGGCCCACACUGAGCAAGGAGAUGCAGCAAGAGCUGGUGCAGAAGGAGGAAAGCACAGUGUUCAGUCAGGCAAUCCACUUUGCAAACCUCAUGGUCAACCUGCUGGUACCCCUGGACACAAGUAAAAACAAACUUCUGCGUACAUCAGCCACUGGAGACUGGGAGAGUGGGAGCAACAGCAUCGUCACAAACAGUAUUGCAGGAAGUGUUGCUGAGAGCUAUGACACAGAGAGUGGCUUUGAGGACUCGGAGAACAGUGACAUUGCCAAUUCGGUUGUGCGCUUUAUAACCCGGUUUAUUGAUAAAGUUUGCACUGAGAGCGGAGUUACUCAGGAUCACAUCAAGAGCCUUCACUGCAUGAUACCAGGAAUUGUAGCAAUGCACAUCGAAACCCUGGAGGCUGUCCAUCGAGAAAGUAGAAGGCUCCCCCCGAUACAGAAGCCUAAGAUUCUAAGACCUGCCCUGCUUCCAGGAGAAAAAAUAGUUUGUGAAGGCCUCCGUGUGCUUCUGGAUCCCGAUGGACGAGAGGAGGCUACAGGAGGACUUCUGGGAGGGCCCCACAUCCUCCCCGCAGAAGGAGCGCUGUUCCUUACCACCUACAGAAUUCUGUUUAAAGGGACCCCUCACGAUCAGCUAGUUGGCGAGCAGACAGUUGUGCGAAGCUUUCCCAUCGCAUCCAUCACCAAGGAGAAGAAGAUCACCAUCCCCAACCAGCUGCAGCAGAACAUGCAGGAGGGGAUGCAGAUCACAUCGGCCUCCUUCCAGUUGAUCCAAGUGGCCUUUGAUGAAGAAGUGAGUCCUGAGGCGAUAGAGAUCUUUAAGAAGCAACUGAUGAAGGCCCGCUAUCCCCCGUCCAUUUUCAGCACCUUUGCCUUUGCUGCUGGCCAGACUGCCCCACCAGUCAUCUUACCCAAGCAGAAAGAGAAGAAUACUUCUUUCCGCACUUUUUCAAAAACAAUAGUGAAAGGGGCCAAACGAGCAGGGAAAAUGACCAUUGGCCGUCAGUAUUUAUUGAAGAGGAGAACAGGAACAAUUAUGGAAGAGCGGGUAAACCGUCCUGGUUGGAAUGAAGAUGAUGACAUCUCUGUUUCAGAUGACAAUGAACUACCCACAAGUACAACCUUGAAGGCUUCUGAAAAGUCAACAAUGGAACAGUUAGUGGAACGAGCCUGUUUCCGAGACUAUCAGCGUUUAGGUCUGGGGACCAUAAGUGGCAACUCUUCCCGCUCCAAAACUGAGUAUUUUAGGAUUACUGCUUCCAACCGGAUGUAUUCUCUCUGCCGCAGCUACCCAGGGCUUUUAGUGGUACCUCAAGCUGUCCAGGACAGUAGCUUACCAAGAGUGGCUCGCUGCUAUCGGCAAAAUCGCCUGCCUGUUGUCUGUUGGAAAAAUACCAAAACCAGUACCCUGCUGCUUCGAGCUGGUGGAUUCCAUGGGAAAGGAGUUGUUGGGCUUUUCAAAUCCCCAAACCCCCAUUCUACAGCUCCCACCUCCUCUUUGGAAACUUCAAGUAGCAUAGAACAGGAGAAAUACCUGCAAGCCUUACUGAAUGCGAUUUCAGUUCAUCAGAAACUCAGCGGCAGUAACACGCUCACUGUCAGGCCAGCACUUGCUCUGUCUCCAGGCUCUGAGCGAAAGACUUCAAGAGUGUCCACUGUGCUCAAGCAGGUAGUGCCAGGACAUUUGGAUGUAAACCCAUCCAAUAGCUUUACCCGAGGAGUGUCUGGGCACAGAGAUAAAUGUUUCAUUCAGACAAAUCCCAAAUCAACAGCUAAGGAAAGAGUACAUAAUCCAGGUGUCUGGGCAAGCCUUCGCUCCAGCAAUCGCUUUAUCAACUCUCCAGCGUCCUUCAUCGAUGUUGGCGCCCGACUUGCAGGCAAAGAUCACCCAACAUCCUUCAGUAACAAUGCCUACUUACAGAAUCAGCUCCUGAAGCGCCAAGCUGCCUUGUACAUAUUUGGCGAAAAAUCACAGCUAAGGGGUUUCAAAUUAGAAUUUGCUUUAAACUGUGAAUUUGUUCCUGUUGAAUUCAAUGACAUCCGGCAAGUGAAAGCCAGCUUUAAAAAGCUGAUGAGGGCUUGUGUCCCCAGUUCUAUUCCUACUGAUUCUGAAGUGACAUUCCUCAAGGCACUAGGAGACUCCGAAUGGUUCCCACAGCUCCACAGGUUACUGCUGCUGGCUGUAGUUGUAGCUGAAGUGCUGGAGAGCGGCUCCUCCGUCCUGGUCUGUUUGGAAGAUGGCUGGGAUAUCACCACACAAGUGGCAUCCCUCGCCCAGCUGCUCAGUGAUCCGUUUUAUAGGACUCUGGGAGGCUUCCGGAUGCUGGUGGAGAAAGAGUGGCUCUCCUUUGGCCAUAAAUUCAGUCAGAGGAGCAACCUGACCUUCAACUGUCAGGGCAGUGGCUUUGCUCCCGUCUUCUUGCAGUUCUUGGACUGUGUGCACCAGGUUCACAACCAGUAUCCAACAGAGUUUGAAUUCAAUCAGUAUUAUCUAAAAUUCCUGGCUUUCCACUACGUCUCCAAUCGUUUUAAAACCUUUCUUCUGAACUCGGACCAUGAGCGAUUAGAGCAUGGAACACUGUUUGAAGAUAAAGGAGACAAGCAUGCCAAAAAAGGAAUUUGCAUUUGGGAAUGUAUUGAGAGGAUGCACAAGAGGAGCCCCAUCUUUUUUAAUUACUUAUAUGCACCAGUGGAAACAGAGGUACUAAAGCCCAAUAUAAAUGUCUCCAGCCUCAAGAAAUGGGAUUAUUACAUGGAAGAAACACUGGCCUCAGGGCCUUCUUAUGACUGGACAAUGCUAACUGCCAAGUCUACAUCUUAUGAAGAAGCCGACCAAGCAGAGGGCAACAGGCCAGAGAGUAAGAGGAGAAUAGUGUGGCCGUGUUAUGAUGAUGUCAGUAAGGUUCAGCCAGAUGCUAUCACCAGCCUCUUCAAUGAAAUUGAGAGGUUAGAACACAAGUUGAGCCAAACCCCCGAAAGAUGGCAGCAGCUAUGGGAAAGAGUGAGUGUGAAUCUUAAGGAAGACACAAGACAAGACCAACCCCGGAGACACCCUUCUAGCUCCUCAGGAAUUGUAACUACCAACUUACACUCCUAUCAGAAGAGAUCUCUGCUUCAUCUGCCUGACAGCGGCCUGGGGGAGGAACAAAAUGCCAGCAUCUCCCCAUCCAAUGGAGUGGACCGGAGAGCAGCCACACUCUACAGCCAGUUUGCUUCCAAGAACGAUGAGAACAGGUCUUUUGAGGGGACACUCUACAAACGAGGAGCUCUGUUGAAAGGCUGGAAGCCCCGCUGGUUUGUGCUGGAUGUGACAAAGCAUCAGCUAAGGUACUAUGACUCUGGUGAGGACACAAGCUGCAAAGGACACAUUGACUUAGCUGAGGUUGAAACCAUCAUUCCUGCAACCCCAACGAUGGGCGCCCCGAAGCACGCCAAUGACAAAGCCUUCUUCGACCUGAAGACCAGCAAGCGCGUGUACAACUUCUGUGCCCAGGAUGCACAGAGUGCCCAGCAGUGGAUGGAUCGGAUCCAGAGUUGUAUCUCUGAUGCCUGAACAGAGCCCCUCCAGGACCCAGGAGCCGUAGGGAGCCCUUGGCUGCACUGAUAGGAAAAGGCACAGGAGAGAGUCGGGAGACAGCUCUCUCCUCCCUCGAGCCAGCCCCUCACUGUGCAGCUCUCUAGUCUAACUCGCUUCCCCAGGAACGUUUGGUUUGCAGUCGUAGGAUGCUUCCCCCAGUUAUCACAUGGAGCCUCCGCAUAAAGGCGGCUGCACUGACGGGGCAGUGUGACUCCUCAUGGAACAGGCUUCACCAGGACGGCAGCACGGGACCAGCCCACUGGGGAACUGACAGCCGGGGUGGGGGUGGGGGUCACCAUUCUGAAAUCCCUUUGCCUGGGUCGGUAUUUCCUUGGCCGAGCCAAUGGUUUUACAAGCGAAAAUCAAAAACCUCUAGUGUCGUCCAUUCACAAUUGGAGCAGUAAUUGCCAUCAGACCUGACGCAGACACUCCAUGGGCUACAUCUGACGGCCUGCCGCUAACUCGGCCAGGUGUGGGCUGUUCUCAAUAUAUGCUGAGAUCUCCAGCCUUGGUGGGACUGAAGGAAAAAACAAGCCAUGGGACCCUGUCAAGGGAUUUGACAAUUGGGGAAAUGGGAGAAAAAUUAGUCUUCAAAUGUAUAGACUCUAAAAGAAAUUGCUUUUCCAAGGCUAAAA